CAGCGUGUAGAGUGGAGUGGGGCAGGUUGCCUGUGGAGCAGCAGACAGUGUCAGUCAGAGGAUCACCGCAGCUUAUAGAGAGCGAGCUAUUCGUUCAGCAGGUCUCCGUGCGGUGCGCGUGCUCGCUUUUGUUUUGUGUUAUUAUAUAAAUGAACCCGCGCUGGGAUGGCGAGCCGAUCGUCCGCAGGAAAGUCAUGAAUGGGCGCCGUGUUGUCCGUCUGUCUUCAGCCCAGCAGCCCAACUUCAUCUAGACCCAGCCAGUGCCAGUUUACUGGGAGCGUGAUGUGCCACACUAAGGGGGGGAUCCCUGCGUUCUCGGGGUUCGGGUCGAGGUCUGCUUGUUAGAUCCCCACCUGCAUCUUCCUUCCUCCACCUUUUCCUUCCAGAACCGCACCGUGAUGAUGGCUGAAGAUCAACAACCUGAACCCAACCCGCAGCCGGGCUCCGGGACGGGCUCUCUGUCUUCUCUCCUUCCAGCGGGACUGCAGGGGACCGAGACGAGCGCCUUGCAGCUCAAAAUCAAGAACUCCAUCUGCAAAUCUGUACAAUCAAAAGUGGAUGGCAUUUUGCAAGAUGUGGAGAAGUUUACAGAUAUUGAAAAACUCUACCUCUACCUCAGGUUGCCUUCUGGACCCAGCAGCUGCGCUGAGAAAACUGAACAGAGCUGUCUUUCAUCGAGCCGCUCCCAGCAGAUGCACGCAUUCGGUUGGAUCCGGAAUCACCUGGAGGAGCACCCAGAGACCUCGCUUCCCAAGCAGGAGGUUUAUGAUGAGUACAAGAGCUACUGUGACAAUCUGGGUUACCACGCUCUCAGUGCCGCCGACUUCGGAAAGAUCAUGAAGAACGUUUUUCCCAACAUGAAGGCACGGCGGCUUGGCAUGAGAGGCAAAUCCAAAUAUUGCUAUAGUGGCCUAAGAAAGAAGGCAUUCAUUCACAUGCCCUCUCUUCCAAGCCUGGAAUUACAUAAAACUGGAGAUGGGUGUGAGGUGUUCGAGCCCAUUGGGCACUGCUCCAGUGGUGAGGACGAGGUUCGCUCCGCAUCCUGUGGCUUGGUGUGCGAAUGGGCUCAGAAAGUGCUGAGUCGGCAGUUUGACAGUGUGGAGGAUCUGGCACGCUACCUCCUUAACAGCCACUAUAUCGGCACAAAGUCUGUUGCUGCACUCACCGUGAUGACAGGAUCCCCUUCAGGGUCUACAAUGUCCUUGCAAUCAUCUGCAUUCGUGCCCACAACUGAUGCCCACUCGUUCCAGCCUCAGGUGAAAACACUAGCAUCUCCCUCCAUUGAUGCCAAGCAGCAGCUCCAGAGAAAGAUCCAGAAAAAGCAGCAGGAACAGAAACUCCACUCCCCACUUCCUGCUGAGGCCCAAGCCAGAAGAGCAGAUGGGGGUAUUACACCUGGUGCUAGCAUAGGAAUCCCAUGUGGAAGCCCCGCCUUGCUUUCACCCCAGCCUACAAUUGGCAUUGUGGUGGCUGCAGUUCCUAGCCCUAUUACGGUCCAGAGGAGCAGGCAACUGAUGUCCCCUAGCCCUGUUCCCAUUGCAACAGCAGAAAGCAAAGUUCUCCCUGUCAAUUUUCAGGUGGUCACCCAAGCAGUGCAGCCUGUGAAGCAAUGUCCCAAGACCCCUCAAAAUGUCCCGGCAAGUCCUGUCGGUGAUCGCUCUGCCCGCCAUCGCUAUGCCCAAAUCCUGCCCAAGCCACCUUCAACCAGUGCCAUCACCCUGCGCUCACCCCCUGCACUCCUGAUCACCAACAGCCCCAUCAAAACUGUUAUGCCGACCACCCAAGUCAGCUCCGUCAAUGUUGUCAAAAUGACGACCAUAUCUCUGGGGCACAGCAACAGCAACACUGCCACUAUCUCGACUACCAGAAGCACACCUCGGCCUGCUUCCGCUGGAGUCGCCAGCCUUACUGAUGAUCUACAGCCUGUUACGCGUGUCCGUAGCGGCUCACUUGCAGCAAUGCCGUCCAUGUUGGCGAGACGAGGGCGAUUAGCCACAGUUACAACACCAGUCACUGACAUCAGGUUGGGUUCUGACACUGUGCCUGGAAGUGGACAAGCCCAGGGAUGUGCAACUGGCAGGCUGGCAACUCCUCAGGAAGCUGCUGAGGGAGUAGAGGGGGUUGAUGGAUCAUCCAAACCGAGGGCAGCUAGUGUACCUACACCGCUCAAGAUUUCUACAGGACUGGACAUGGGAACAGGGACCAAAUGCAAUGGGAGAAUGCUCCCUAGAGAAAAUAGUUUGGCUGCUGGCAGCAAUAUUAAUAAUAAUGGUAAAGAAAGAGCUUCGUAUCAGGGUGUGCCCGUUCAGGCCAUGAGUUUGAGCAGUACUCCUACUGUCAGUAGUAGUGCAUUUGUUUCAUCAACCAGGGAUGCAGAGUUGACCUCUAAAAGCCCCCGAAAGCGACAAGGUUUAUGCCCAGAUUCAAGCCACCUGACACCUGUGAAAAAAGUAUUUUUGACAGAUGAAGGAACUCAUAGUACAACGUCUGGCAUGGGAACUACAGUGCAGAAUAUGCUCAGGUCAGAUGCUCCCAUCCGACCAGUAAGCGCACCCGCCUCUGCUGUUGGAAAGGUUCUGGUGAAGCUAAACUCCAAUGUCCCAACCCGCAUUCUUGCCCACUCUGACUCCCCAGUUGGGAACACUGGCUUCCAGACUAUCAGCAGGCCAAGAAGCAUUUCCCAUGGACAUUGGGAAGGACCCUCAUCAUGUGUGAAAAGCAUUGCUGCUACAAGUACCGCAGCUUCAACUGCUCCUGCCCCAUUGUUCGGGAAUACCAGCUUCCAGGCCUUUGGCAGACCUCGUAGUGUUUCUCAAGGGCGGUGGGAGGGUCCUGCAUCCAUUAUUGACAGCAAAUCGUUAGUUACUCACACUGCCAGCGCCACAGGUCCGGCCUUGCUUCAACAGCAUGCAACCAAAGAUCCACCUGUCAUGAGGAUGAGCUCAGAACAGGCCAACUCUGCAGCAUGUGAACUUGAGAAGAGUGUGUUCUGGGACAGUAGGCAGCAGCAGAAUGGCACCCAGCAAGUUUACUCCCAGCAGGGGAGUUUAGAAAGCAAGCAAAUAUCUACACCAGUUAUGGAGCCUCAUCAAGUAAUGGCUCAACAUUCUGCCCCCAGCCAGCUGGUACAGGUGACGAAUGACAUGGCAGAAUAUGUGUCAACCCAGCCAAAUGUGGGCUACUUCCCCUUUAAUGAUGACGACAUGACUCAGGACAGUAUUGUGGAGGAACUGGUUCAGAUGGAGGAGCAGAUGAAGAUGAACAGCGGCAUGCAGGACUUUGGUGGCUGUGUGGACAUGGCACUUCAAGGUCAACAGGCUACUUUACAGCAGAACAACAUGAUAUCCAAUCACCAGCCCAACACAACUUAUUACAGGUCCGCUCACAGCAGAAGUACGCCUAUUCAAACUCCCACGCCAACACCUACGCCUACCGCAGAGAUGAUGGGAGGGGGGCAGGGACUGACCCGGGAGAGCCCCUGCUCUCGCUUGGCUCCCACCACCCCUGUGGACAGUGCUCUGGGGAGCAGCUGUCAAACCCCCAUCAGUACUCCUCACUCCAACUGCAGCAGUAGUGUCCCACCUAGCCCUGUUGAGUGUAGGAACCCAUUUGCUUUCACCCCCAUCAAUUCAAGCAUCACAAGUUACCAUGAUGGCAGCAUUGUUUCCUCCAGUCCGGUUAAGCCCAUGCAGAGGCCAAUGGCCACCCACCCAGAUAAGUCUAAGCUGGAGUGGAUAAAUAAUGGCUACAACAGUGGUAGUGGCAACUCCAGCAACGGGAUCAGCAUCCUGCCCAGCUAUCAAGACCUAGUAGACGAUCAGUUCAGAAAGCCUCAUGCCUUUGCCAUUCCUGGCCAGACUUAUCAAUCCCAGAUCAGACACCAUGAUACACACGUAAGCCGUUUGACACCUAUGUCUCCUGUCCAGCAGCAAGUGGCUAGCAUGGCUAAUCUAAAUAAACAGGAGGGAUUUGCCGUUCCAGCCCCUCUUGAUAACAAAACCAGCAAUUCCUCCUCGGGCUCUGUAACUUUCCGCUGCCGCAGCGUCAGUCCAGCAGUCAGGCAGCGCAACCUGAGUGGCAGCCAGAACCCCAAUGUCCCUCGAUCUGUGGUCUCUCCUUUCAACUCGCCAGUGACGCCUGAAGUUCUGAACAUCUUUGCCAACAGUCAAGCCGACACUAGCAUCACCAGCAUGGCGCAGAGGAGUCAGUCCGUGCCGCUGAACGUGAUGAUGCAAACCGAGGUUCUGCCCAUGCAGGCUUGUGGGCAGCCGAGCAACACCAAAAAGAUCACCAAUGUCCUGCUCAGCAAGAUGGAUGGGGAUGGAGACAGCUUGGUACGUGGACUAGGCAUGAACAACAUGCCGUCGUACACGGCUCGCAUGAACCUCACGCAGAUCCUGGAAACAUCUGCGGCUCCCAGCUUCCCCAGCGGUGCCAACCACCAGGCUCAAAUAUCUCCUGGCCCCUCGGCCUACAGGUUUCAGAAGCCUGCUUACCUCACCAAGAACGCCAGAGGGGAUCAAAUGAGCUUGUCGACGGGCGAUGGCCAAGGCCAUGCACAGUCACUCACAGGAGAGAAGCAGCAGCAGCAGCAUCAUCAGCAGCAGCUCAGUGUUGAAGAGCAGCAGAAUCAAGCCAUGCUGGUUCGUCAGCAGCAGAACCUCCAGCAACAUCAGCACCAGCAGCCUCUGCAUUUUGACAGCACUGUUAAGGACCUGUUAGAGGCAAACAGCCUGAACGCCGGCUCACAGCUUUCAGGCCAGGUUUCAGAACUCAGCGCUGGUAGUUCCGAGUUUCCCGGCGAUAUGCGGCUGGCCUCGGAACUCUCCAGCAGCAUCAAUGACCUGAACACUUUGGACACGAACCUUCUGUUCAACCCCAGUCAGCAGCAAGGACAGUAUGAAGAGUCGACACUGGAGGAACUGAAGAAUGACCCACUUUUUCAGCAGAUUUGCAGCGAGACUGUGAAUUCUGCUGGCUUCGACUGGUUGGAGAACAAGGACCAGGCGACUGUGGAAAUGUUGGGUUGAUUUGUAAUUUUGUACUGUUUUGAUAUUUCGAUACUUCACUGGAUGUUUUUGUUUAUCGACGUGUUUUUUCAGGAUUCUGUUUGUGUAUGUAAGUCUUCACACUUCUGUGUUGUACAGCGCACUGCAAGUUUCUGGGCUUGAUGUCCAGACCGUUGUGCCAGGCUGAAUGCUUUUUCUUGAACGCUGGAUUUUUUUUUAAAUGGCUCUAACUCCAGUGUUCUUUUUGCCCCAGAUUAUGGUGCUCUCCUGUUAAUUCUCCUGACAUUUUUCUUAAGAAAACAUUUUCAAAAGUAUUGAUAAAUUAUCAGUUGAAAUUAUUAGAAACCAGUGGUACCAGUAUUGGUACCUUAAGAAAAGUGGUUUGUACUGGUGCCAUAAUGACUGAAAGUCAGACAUGUGUAGGUCCUGUUUUAAUAUUUAAAUAUUUAAACCACCAAAAUUAGUUUUGCAGGCAAAUUGAUGUGCACAGAACAGUAAAUGAUUAAACUGUGUCAAAUUGUUGCACAGAAAUAUAUAUAUAUCAUCAAAUGAUGCAUCAACACCACAAUUAACACAGUGGCUAAAUUUUGUUGAUGUUGCAUUUUAUUCUUGUGCUCUGCUUUAACACAUUUUAAUCAAUUAAUCAGUUCCAAGCACCAUUCCGUGUGUUCUAAACCAUAUAGGAAAUGUAAAUAUAUAACAACAAGCUUGUUUUAAGCUUGCUGAGGUACUCUUUAUCGGUCACCCUUUCAAGGUUUUAGCUAUUAACAGGUGCUUCCAGAUGCAGAAAAGUACAAAACAAAUAAAUAAUAGUUAUUUAAAAUCUUAGUUGUCUAAACUGUAGACAUGCGGUGUAAAAAAAAAAAGAGCGGUGCGUUUCUAUAAAAAGGGAAUAUCAAGUCAGCUGACUUCUGUUUCCUGAUUUUUUAAUUUCAUAGCCUUCAUAUGGAUAAAAAGUACAGCAACUGGUACUUUAAAAAGGCAGCUUUUUUAAAUUGAAAAUUAAUUCACACUGAAUUGUUAGUAAUCUGAAAUUUGGCUCGCUCCUCAUUGUAAACUAUUGUUUAUAGGAAUUAAUGCACAUUGCUUAUAUGUAUGAUUAGGAUUUUACUUGUUUAACUUGUUUACUAGUUUUGUUCAUGUGGCAUGAAACCUCCCUAAGGUGCAUCUCAGGGUUCCCCUAGCUCUAGAUUUGAGGGAUUGAAUAAAAUUAAUGAUCUAGAGUUUUAUAAAACAAUCAUUAAACGACUCUAAUAUUUGCACUACAGGAACAUUUUGUGUAUUUGAAGGGUGUAUAGUGUUUAGAAAACCUGUUCGGUGAUCCAGGCUGUCUUGCUUAUUAAGACACAAUGGACACUAUUGUUUAAGGCAUUAUGCAAAAAUAAUAAAAAAAAAAACAUGGGUAUGCUCUUAAAGCUCCAGUCAAGUACUGCAGAAAUGGCACUAGGACCAGUGAUGAUUGUACUUAUCUGAAAUAAAAUGAAUUAAAACAUUAGACACACAUGAAGAAACAUUAUUUACAUAAUGUUUAUAAAUCACACAAUUCAUUAACAUUACACUGUUAAAAUAUAUGUAAGCAAAUGCAAUCACUGCCAAAAGUAAAUCAGUGAGUGAAGAGGCCGUUAUGUUGAGGCAUAAAAAAGAUUAAACUUCUGUUUGAAUCUGUCCAAACAAUUUCAUUUAAUUAUUAAUUAUUAUUAUUUUUCCGCAUUUUUGUAUUUAAAUCUGAAGUUUUAAUGACUAAAUUCUGUGAAUCCAUUCAUGUUUAUACAUGGCCCUAAUCAAUAAAAUUAGUCAAUUACAUUAAUAUGAUCAUCUUUGAUCACUAUGUGCGUAAAAGAUUUAAGCACCAAUGUCAAAUUACAUGUUUUCUAUUUUGUAGGCAAAAAAAAGUGACACUUUAACACACUCUAAAGUGUUAAUAAGGCUACUGUUUAUUUGCUAUAUACUGAAGUACAUCAGGGAAAAUAUCAGAAAGUAAACCGAAAGUGUGUCUAAAAUAUGCAGAAUAAUGUACAGUUUCAGUGUGUUCUCUGUAUGGGGACUUUUCUUUAUAUAAUUUACGAUUAGUUACAACAUCAAAAUAGGAAUAAGAUCAUAGUGAUAAGUGUUAUUUGAUCUGAAGUGACCAGAUUUGUGAAUAACAGUGUAUGUGUAAGACUGAACAUAAUACUAAAUAUUAACACAUUCUGCUAAUAAUGCAUAACGCAUAAUGAUAAUUAGGACUGGAAUUACACAGUAUAAAAAAAUAUUUUUUAUUUUUAUUGUAAUUAUUUUUAUAACCCCCCCUUUUCGCCACCCACUCUAUUCAAAUAGGCUCUUUUGGUUUUCUUAUAAAAAAAAUGGCCUGCCUAUUUUAGUGAUUCUUGACUGGAGCUUUAAUAUUUGGGUUUGGCACUGAUGCACUGUAAAACUGUUAAACUAUGAGAUGCCUGGACUGCCCCCCUUAACACGGAUGCCAAAGUGGAUCUCAGAGGAAUAGGAGAGAAUUGUACUUUUGAAAAAAGGGAAAAGGGCGUGUUUUGAUUUUAUUCAGGAUCCACUGUAUUCUUUACAUUUUUGUAUCUAUGCAUUUCUACGCUUAUGAGAUCGCUGACCUGCCACUUUUGUUGAAUUCAGUGGCUGCAGUUUUUUGUAAUUUGUUGCUUAAUGCUUGAAUUUUGAAUUAACAGUCUACCAUCUGAUGCUUUAAAAACCUUUUAUUGAAUUAUUUUGUACAAAUGCAGUUAAUAGCAAAUAUCUUGGGAAUACAGGAUGUUAUUGGAGUGAAGCUACAUGCUUUAAUGUUUCACUCUGCGUAACCUAUGCCUUUGUACCAAAUGCAAUUCUGAGUAUUGCACCCAUUGAGGGUUUUAAAACUUUAAUGUGGCAAUUUAUAUGACCUGUUGAGCUUUUUUAAGUGUUUUUUUUGUUUUAUAUGUCCCCCUAUUCAGGUAUUCUGCACUUAUUCUAUACACAGAUGAGUCAAACCUUUAGGACCACCACACUAAUAUGGUGAUGGUCAUCUAUAUUCCAUUAAAACAGCUCUCUAAACUUAUGCACACGUAUGAGACGGGAACACGAGUCUCAGCAGAGCAAUGACAGCUGCUGCAUCUGCAUUGCCGUGACACAUAAUUACAUUUCCAAGGAUUCAAGGAGGUACGCAUCAGGCAACUACAUAUGCUAUGUUUUAGGGUAUGCAGCUGUGACACAGAACCUUCCUUUGGUCUUAAGACAUAAGUAUCUGAAUCUUUGACUCCUGGCAAACUUUUUUCAUUGGUUCAAGCCAUAAUUUCAGAGCCACAGUAGCUUUUCUGAAGGAUCCACAUAUGAGCCCAAUGGCAUGACUAAAUGAUAAGUCAAUAAUGUCAUUAUUGACAGUAUAUAUCUUUUUUGAAUAAUAUAUAAAUAUUAGUUUUAAUUUUAAAGAUUGGUGUCAGAUUGUUUAAUUUUGUGUUGUUUAAACCCCAACCACUAGAUGGCAGUGCUUUACUCUAUCAUUUAGGUCCCAUUAAUAUGAUUAAAUAAUUUUCUUUUCUUAAAAAAUGCAUUUUACUCCACCCUUUUCCGUACUUUACACUAUAUAAAAAAAGAAUAUUUUCUCAAUAUAUUGCGAUGUUAAACCGUAACCCCUGUCACCAAGUGCUUUAAAUUAGUUUAUGCAUUUGGGGGUGGUUUAACAGCAGAAUAAAAAUGAUUUAUGCCUAUUAUUUACUUCCAAAGGUUCCACAAAAAAUACCUUAUAGACUUAUCGAUCAUUCAGUCAUGAAAUGUUGAAAUUGUAUUGUUUAAAACAAGUUCAUAUUUAUAAAGUUUUAAGAGUUCAGAAAGCAUUAUUUGGUGGAAUAACCCUGGUUUUAAUCACAGUUUUCAUGCAUCUUGGCAUGUUCUCCUCCACCAGUCUUACACACUGCUUUUGGAUAACUUUAUGCCACUCCUGGUGCAACAAUUCAAGCAGUUCAUCUUCGUUUGAUGGCUUGUGAUCAUCUAUUUUCCUUUUGAUUAUAUUCCAGAAGAUUUCAAUUUGGUGAAAUCAAAGAAAUAUUGUAUUAAUUUUUUGUCAAUAUAUAGUUCAAACAAAACAGUUAUCGGUGUAGUGGUUACAAGGAGCACCCCUCAAGCCUUGCUGUUUUUGAGAUGCUUUGACCUAGUCAACAAUUUGGCAAAUGUCAAAGUCACUGGCCAAUUCUGCUGAACCAAAAAUGUUAGUUCUGAAAACAGACUGUUAAUGGGAUAAUCAACAUUAUUGUUUCAUCUAAUGGAGGUCCUAAUGUUUUGGCUCAUCUGUGUAUAUAUACUUGAGGUGUUGUUGAAUAUAGAGCCAGUACCACUAUGCCACUAAGAAUCAGUCAAGCUGAGAAUCAGUAAAGCUGAGAUUUUGAAAAACAGUAAUUUUAUCUUGUUCAUUUUUUAUAUAAGCAAGGUUGCAUGAUGAGGUUCUGCAGUAACCUCUUUGGAAUUUGUUCUUGUGCCUGAGGAUUAAACCACAGUCACAGCACUAAAACACAGGCAACACCUUUACAGUUCCAUCUUUAGCCUUACUGUACCUCAAUACCAAAGACAAGCUGUGGAGUUUCUUUCUUAAAGAAGAACAUAAUUUUAUACCCUUUUUUAGUAAAAUUCUGGAAAAAAGAAGGAUUGAAAUGACACUGAAAAAGCAUUCUGGGUAUUAGGUUUUUCUGUUUGUUUGUUUGUUUGCUUGUUUAUUUAAAUUGUUGUUUUGAAGGUGGGAGGGGGAAGGACAAUUUAAGCAACCCAACCUGUCCUGUAGCACUGGAACCUUCACAACACGUGUAUUAUUAUAUCACUACUGGUAUGGUUUGCAAAACAUAUGUAGCAAGACAGAUAUUUACAAGGCUGUUGAAAAAGUGAGUCUUUUUGAAGGUCAUUUUUGUACAUAUUAAACCUUCAUAAGACUAAUCCAAGGCACUGUUUAUUAUACUACUAUUGUUAUUAAUAGGCUGUUAGUCUAAAAUGUUAAGACUGAUAACUAAUAAGUUAUCUGCUCCCUAAAUGUAUGUUUAUUUAUCAGUGGUCAGCAAGUCUGCACCUGUCUGAAAAACUAGUCCUCUUGUACAGAUAGAUUAUCCCAAGUGUUCUUUUUGUUUUGUUUUGGUUGUAGUUGUUCAAUUUUUUGUUUCUGUUUUUGUUUGAUUUUUUGUUUUUUGCUAGUGCUCUAUCUUUCAAAAGAGCCUGCUUGUGUGAAAACAUGGCAUGGAUUAUUAAAGAUGUGUUGUGAUAUUUAGAAGA